CGCCCUCCCGGAAGUGAUCGUCCCGGGUCCCGGGGUGGGACCAGGAAGCCCAGGCCUCGCCGGCGCCGGCGGAGUCAGGCGAACCGAUGCGGCGUCGGCCCGGCCACCAUGGCUGUGUUUCACGACGAGGUGGAGAUCGAGGACUUUCAGUAUGACGAGGACUCGGAGACCUACUUCUACCCCUGCCCCUGUGGGGAUAACUUCGCCAUCACCAAGGAAGAUUUGGAGAACGGAGAAGAUGUGGCGACGUGUCCCAGCUGCUCUCUCAUUAUCAGAGUGAUUUAUGACAAGGAUCAGUUUAUGUGUGGAGAAAGAGUCCCAGCACCUUCAACCAGCAAAGAGUUAGUUAAAUGCUGAAGAAGCCCUGGGGAACCCAAAUUGUGAGCAAUGGGGAAUGAGCCCAGGUGGAUGGAUGAGUGCUGAGUUAAGAAGUUCUACAUAGAACCGCUGUCUUCUGGCUUGCUUCCAAGGGUGUGGAAGCAUCUUCAUCAGCUGCUGAAUUCAUUAAAUGGGCCUGUGACAUAUCAGACCUGGAUUUCAUGCUUACACAGACUUGGAUUAUUAAUUGUCCAUCUGAACAUAAACUGGUCCCUUUUCUUUCUCUCAGUUGCAUCAUUUGAAUGUCUUAAAACUAAUUCUGAAAACAACAUUGCCCACUUCA